AUGAGUCAUGACCUCAAACCAGCCGACACGUUGGUCGAGGCUUGUGCAAUGCCCAAAAAUGCUGCCACUCCCCUUGCUCUCCUAGCUAUCCUCCUACCCUUGAAAAUUGACUCUUCAAACGUGCUGGAGCUUUCUAGUUCAUCAGAAAAGAUUGGUGACAUUGGCAUUAAAAAGCUGUUUUUGUCCAAGGAAAACAGCACUGGCUUUGUAAGGAAGCUACUGGCAUCUCCUGAUGAGGGCGGUGCAAUGAAUAGAAUCGGAGGAACAUGUUCAAAGGACAACAUAGUCAUCUUCCAAGGCCCUACUACACCACUUCCCAGUGGAAUUCCAACCUACACGGUUCAGAUACUGAAUGUUUGUGUAGCAGGUUGUAGCAUCUCCAACAUCCAUGUUCGCUGCGGAUGGUUCAGCUCUGCCCGGCUGAUAAACCCCAGACUGUUCAGGCGAAUCUUUUUUGAUGACUGCCUUGUCAACAAUGGGGAUGCUCUUGGUCCUGGAGAAAGCCUCUCUUUUCAGUAUGCCAACAGUUUCCGGUACCCUCUCUCAGUUCUAUCUGUUUCCUGCUUCUGA